UCUCCUCCUCCUCCUCGUGACAAACGACAUAAUCCUCCUCUUGGUCCCUGUCAUGGACCUUACUGUCCUCCACCUCCUCAUGGACAUCAUCCCCACCCUCCUCCCCAUUGUAGACCACACUGUCCUCUUCCUCCUUGUGGAUGACAUCACCACCAUCCUUCUCCCUGUGGUGGACCACAGGACCCUCCUCCUUCAAGACACCCUCCUCAUCUCUCCAGACAUCACUGCAACAAGACAAGCAUAUUGGGAAAGUAUUUUCCAUUUCAAGUAACAGGAGCUGUCUAUCACAUUCCAGUUCUAAAUCAGCAGGAUCCUCUCACACCUCCCACAGCAAACUUUCCUGAGCCAUCCCAAAGCAACCCUCACUCCUCCAGCAGUGAAGGUAUUCUCUUCACUAGCUCAAGUCUAAAGGAGAUGCCAGAAGCUCUGCAUUUUUCAGAUCUCUACACAAAGUCAUGCCCAGGAAACCCCGAAUUUGUUCUUCCAAAAAUUUUGCCUUUAUUUCUACAUAGCUCCGUGGCAGAAAAUUCUCUUACAUGACCUCAGAAAAGAGGUUCCUGGCUUGAGAGUUGCAGGGCCAAUGACAGUUGUAUAAUGAAUAAAAACAGCAUGCAGAGAAGCGUGGAAAGCAUACGGUUUCUAGAAGCACUGAAAAUAAUGAUUAAGACAAGUAUUCCAAUCUGUUUCUUGAUCCCAGCUAUCUCAGGCUCCACUCUAACUGAAAGGCUCAAAAUUCUGAGUCACUCAGAUAAUGUGAAUGGGUAUAAAACUCCCCAGCAAAACAAUGCUCCUUUAGUUCUAACAAAAAGGAAAAUUCUCUAAUAGUGAAAACUACCAUCUAAAAUCUUUCAUUUUCUCAUAGUUCAUAAUUAUAAUAUACUUCUUUGAGGGAAUCUGACCUAGAGAAAAUUUUAUCACCUUCCAUAAAAAAUUAUCCAUGGCACUACAUUCAUUCUUUAUAAAGAUUCAAGGAAAAGAAAAAUAGGUAAGCUUUUUUUUUCUUGGCCCAGUUGCCAAAGUUUUGUCUUUGUUGUUACUAUGGAUGUUUAGCUGCACAGUAAACAUCCAUGAGGCAUACUCUAGCAUAAAUUCACUAAUGGUGGGCAGGUUACCACCAUUAUCUAGAAAAGGUCUGAGAAUAGUUAAUGACUUGCAGUGUAACACUGCAAGGUGGCCUGCACAGGUACUUCCGUUGCUACAGUUGUUGGUGGUGAUAUACCAGAAAUACUACAUCCAAGGACAGCCCUAUUCAAAUAAUUUGUAACUGUUCUCAGGGGAGGAGAAAAGCAGAUGCAUGUAAUAACUCUUUCAUGUAAAUAUUUCCUUUAUCACUGAACCUUCCUCACUGGAAACUGGGUUGAGAAGAGCAGGAAAAGAGAAUACUGCUGUCUAUACUCUAGCCCCCACCAAGGUAAAGUCCAUUUUGACAGACCUGGGACCCCAAUGACUUAGUUCAGAACAGUUACCUCAUAAGCAAUAACAUGGGAUUAAUCUCAAAAAAUUAGUAAAUUGGUCCUCAAAGUAGCUUUAUAAUGGCAUACAGUAAAAUACAGUGUGAAAGCUACACUGAAGAAACAAAAUGGGGACAGCAUUUCGUGUAACUGAGUGAAGGUUGUCUUAAUUUUUAAAAGUGCAUUAUCCUGUAGGAACAACCUUAUUUCUGGCAUAGUUUAUCCACAGUGUCUAAAGCACAUUUUCUUUAAUGAGAACUUGUAGUAAGUGUGGUGGGUUGAUCCUGGCUGGACACCAGCUGCACAUCAAAGCCACUCUAUCACUCCCGCUCCUC